CUUUGGUUGUGAGUAAAAAAAAAAAAGUUAGACUUUGCAAAUUCUAUAUCUUAUCACAAUGGCAAGUAACUGUGAGAAAAUGCUUAGCAAAAUUAAGAUUCCUCUACCAGAUAUGCUCAAUGCAGUUCUAGAUUUGGAUUCUUCAGCUGUGAUCAUUGACCAGAUUAAAAAUCUAAUCAAAAUCUGUUGGAGCAAGGAAGAAAUGGAUCGGUUAAGGAAUUCUGCUGGUGGUGACAAGGAAGUGCUUGGAAAGUGUGAAGAGAUUUUCGGGGAACUAAUGAUGGUUCCGCGGAUAGAACCAAAAUUACGAGUGUUUGCUUUUAAGGUUGAGUAUCCUUCCAGGGUGAGUGACUUAAAAAUGUGGAUGCAUACGAUAAUCGCUGCUACUAAAGAGAUAACGGGAUCUGUGAAGUUGUUUCGGAUUAUGCAAACAAGUUUAACAAUGCAAGUUCUAAGAGGUUCUAAUGUGGAGUGUGGACUGGAUAGUCUUGUUAAGUUAUGUGAUAAUGUGUAUUUGAUGCAUGACUUUUGCAAGCUGCUGGAUUUUGGUAAUGACCUUGUUCACUUAGAAGCUGCAUCGAGGAUUGAAUUGGAAACCAUUACUAAUAAGAUGCAAGAGUUAUUCGACAUCGAGGAAGAGGUGAAUGAUGAGUUCCUAGCUUCAGAAAAUGAUGGUGCUAAUUUUGUGGGCUACCGAAACGUGGUGCAUGAUUUUCUUUGUACGAUUGACGGCGACAAGCAGUUGCUAAAUAUCUUAUACGCAGAAGUGGGAGGACUUGUAAAUUCCUACAUAGCUGAGUAUCCAAGUGGUGUUCGCUUCAAGGAAGCGACCAACAUCCUGACCCGUUUCGUGGAAACGUUCUACAAGUCUCGCGAGGAGAUUGAAAGACAAGCCGAGGCUGAGAAGGAGAUACUGGAGAAAAGAAAAAUGAACAUCAAACAAAAUGGGAACCUCUAAAGAACCGUAGCUAGUUUCAUCGACAACUUCUAUGCUGCUUAGAUGGAACUGCAAACUAUCUAUCAUCUCUUCUCUAGUGCUUAUGUACUAGAAAAUAUUUGAACUUUUUUACAAUUCGAAGUUUUACCUUA